CUUUUUGUUCUUCAUGGUUUGAGUUCUUUUGUUUACUAGUAGUAAUGCCUACAUUUAUUGAAAUUCGAAUUGAUAAAAAUGUAUUAGCUUGAAAUUAAAUAUAUUUAGAAUGGAAGAAAAUGAUGGCAACCCUGAGGAUGGAAAGGGAACAUCAUUUUGGAAAAAAAACAAUCGUGCAGUUCCUGGCCGGCCAAGUCCUAGGAAGGAUGUUAAAACUAUAAACUCUUUUAGUCCAUCUACAUCAUCAUCAUUUCAAGAUUUUCAGCGAAGUAUCAGCGAUGCUUGGGAUUUAGGUGAUGAUGAAUUUUGUAAUAUUUCAAAUUUAAAAAUUUCUAAGAAAGUAUCCCAAACAGCCGCUGAAAAUGUUAUUAACAUCCAUAAGUAUAAAUGCAGUGAAUCAGUGCCAAAUAAGAGACAAAUUGAAUGUGAUAAAGAUGAAAAUUUUCUUGGAAAAAAUGAUGUAGACAAAGGUGAUCCAAGACCUAAAGUUAUUCAUAAGUUUAACUCAGAAUUAGAUCUACAGUUGUUAGGAUAUCAUUUUGCUGAGGAAAAAAUCAUAAAAUUUAAGUGUUUAUUGGAGUCAUCAUUACUGAAUUUAAGUGAUUUACAAAAUUUAAGUUGGCCUGGUAUUCCCUUCCCUGUAAAAGCUGAUACUUGGCGACUUCUGGCUGGAUACACUCCUACUUGUUUAGAACUUCGGGAUGAAACUUUAAAGAAAAAAAGAGUUGAAUAUUGGAACUAUGUUUCUCAGUAUUAUGAGACUGAUGCAAGAGAUGACAUUUAUCAAGGAACUUAUAGACAGAUUCAUAUUGACAUUCCUAGAAUGAGUCCAACUAUAAGUUUGUUUAGACAGAAAGUUGUACAACAAAUGUUUGAACGAAUUUUAUUUAUUUGGUCUGUUAGACAUCCUGCUUCUGGCUAUGUUCAAGGAAUUAAUGAUCUGGUUACACCUUUUUUUAUAGUGUUUCUGCAUCAAGUUUUACCAGAAGGAACUAAUUUAGAUGAGGUCGAUAUAUCUCUUCUUGAUGAAGAAAAACGUAAUAUUGUUGAAGCUGAUUCAUACUGGUGUUUUUGCAAAUUCCUGGAUGGUAUUCAGGAUAAUUACAUAUUCCCUCAGCUAGGUAUUCAACAUAAAAUUAAUCGAUUGAGGGAAUUAAUUCAGAGAAUAGAUGGAGGUUUACAUAAUCAUCUUCAAAAGAAUGGAGUUGAAUAUUUACAAUUUUCAUUUCGAUGGAUGAAUAAUUUGCUAACACGAGAGCUUCCUUUGAGAUGUCUAAUAAGACUGUGGGAUACUUAUCUUGCUGAACUGGAUACUUUUUCUUCAUUUCAGUUGUUUGUAUGUGCUGCAUUUCUUUUACAUUGGAGACAGGAUCUUAUGGUGGAAAAAGACUUCCAGGGGCUGAUGUUGUUCCUGCAAAAUCUGCCAACUCAAAACUGGAAUGAUUCCAACAUAAAUCUUCUGGUCGCUGAAGCAUAUAGACUUAAAUGUACAUUUGCUGAUGCACCAAACCAUUUUCAAUCAAAAGACAGUUGACUAUUGUUUAAAAUAAUAAUUAACGUUUUUCCAAAUGUAUCUUUAAUGAAACCAUUCAUAAUUGGCCACUUAUACUUUAAAUUAAAGUACAUGUGUUAUUUGUUUGAAAUUGCAUUUUUGGUGAAAUUAUUCUUUCUUAAACUAACUAUAUACACCUAUACACAUUAUAUAUUUACACAAAUAUAUAAUCUAUAUGGUUUGUAUAAUGUGCUGUUGUGAAAUACAAAUCUUUAUAUAACUUAAUGCAAAGCUGGUAUUCUAUUUUUCAUGUUAUACUGUUUUGUUAAUUGCAGUCUAUGUGGAUAAAUUUAUUGAUACAAUAUAUAUAUUUCUUUUCUGUUUCUUAUUUUUUCAAUUAAUAAUUAGUAUUUGUCUCCCAUACUGUUUAGUUUUAAACUAGCUCCUCUCUUUAUUCUGGCAUUAAUAUUUGUGUACUGUUCAGUUUCACACUUUUGUUCAUUUAUUAAACUGGCAUAAUUUAUUGUUAUGAAUUUUUAUAAUAUGUAUUUUGCUGUGGUUAUUGAUAUAUAAUAGGGACCAGUUCAAGGGACGAUAUUAUAUAUUUAAAAAAAUCAUUUUAUUUUAUCUAUUAUUAGAAAAACAAUAACGUAAUUAAU